GCAGACAUGCUUGAGGGAUUUCCAAUUGAAAUCAUUCCAUGCAGUCAUAUUCCAGAGAUGUCUUGGCAUGUCUCUAACAUCACGGUAUUCCACAGUCAGAGAAGUUAUUUUGCUCGAAUGGAAUUUAAUGAUAUCGAGAUAAUUUUGGGUAUAGGGCCAUUCCCAGAUCAUGGUCAUGAAGGCAGGGCAGGCACGUUGAAAGACCAAGUCGAGGCUCCUACGCCCUCUGCAUCUGAGCCCACACUAGGCAAGUAUUAG